AUGCGUAGGAGAAGAAUUUUGGCAAUUCUGUUUAAUAAUACAACGAUUAUACCGUUUAAAUGGUGUGGAAACUACAUCUGCUUCUACUGCGGUUUAAAAUUUGUUCAAUAUAAAGAACUUUACGAACACACAAAGUCACACAGGCCUUAUGAUAUACAGGAUGUUUCUUUAAAGUGUGAUCCCACAAAAUCAUUUAAAGAACACUUGCAAUAUUUCGGAGAACCGAAAUUCGAUUUAUCUAAUCUAAUAUGUGAACUGUGCGAGAGGUCAUUCGAUGAUUUAUCCGCUGUAAUUGAUCAUUUAAUCGAUGAACACAAAUUCGAUAUCGAUAAGGAGGUAGAUAUUUCUGCAGGGGGAUACAAUUUAAAAGAUCUAAAAUGCGCAUUAUGUGACAAAAAGUUGGAUUGUAUCGAAGAUUUGAUUUCGCAUGUUUAUACCAAGCAUUCACAAAGAUCUUCGCCCGUUAAAGAUUUUCGACAAAGUGAAACUUGGGAAACGCCAGCUAAACAGACGCGUCUUAAUACAAAAUAUUCUAAAGGUCUUCCGUCGAAAUUUCUAGAAAGCCGUCAGUUAAAGAAGGGAAAUAAUAGAAGACGGUAUACCGGUAAACAUGAUAAAUCUUCUAAAUCUCUUGGUAUUUCUCGUCGUCAGAUGAUAAAAAUGAACCGGAAAAAUCUCGCGUGCAUUAUAAAAAUGUCCACUGCAAUGCCUUUUAAAUACUAUCAGAAUCGAUUUACCUGUUUCUACUGUUCAAAAACCUUCUUAGAGCACGAAGAGAUGAGGGAGCAUACCAUUUCCGUUCACUCCUUUGCGGAAAUUGAGGGUAGUCUAUCAGAAAUUCUCAAGAAAUUCACUUCACGCGCUACCGUAGACAUUUCUUCAUUGUCUUGUAGAGUAUGUAAUGAAAAUUUAGAAGACUUGGAUAAAUUGAUUGAUCAUUUGAUUGUGGCACAUCACGUUAAAUGUGACAGAAGUGUAACUGGUGCAAUACAAGCUUUUAAAUUAGUCAAAUACGAAAUGAAAUGUCCAUCUUGUCCGAAUAAAUUUUCAUAUUUUAACACGUUAUUAAAACAUAUAAACGAAGAACAUAAAGCGAAAUCGCAUUUGUGUUCGACUUGUGGCGUUCGGUUCGGAAGCGAAGCUGUCCUUACGUCACACGUAACUCGGACUCAUGGUAAAGCUGCUUUUCAGUGUACAGAGUGCAAUGCCAGUUUCAAAGUGUUGAUUAAACUGAAGAGUCACAAGGCUAGGGCGCAUGGAUCGAAAGAAUUCUCGUGCUCGAUGUGUGACGAGAAGUUCUUGACCGAUUACGGGAAGCACAAACAUUUGCUGACGAUGCAUGGCGUCGGUCAUAGAUGUACACACUGCGAUAGGAUGUUCAUUAAGGAUUCCUUCAUGAGGAACCACGUUCGUAGAAUUCAUCUGGUGGAACGUGAGAUCGAGUGUACGGUCUGCAAAAAAAAGUUCUUCGAUAAGGAACAACUUAAAUUCCAUAUGGUGAAACAUAUCGGUUCCAGAGAUUUCCACUGCGACGUCUGUGGCAAAAGUUUCUUCUGGAAGAAGAACCUUCGUGUACAUAUAAACUCGCAUAAUAAACAUACACCGGUCAGUGUGAAAUCUAUAUAA